AACUCAUCCCAGCGCGCGCAACUUUUGUGAUGUCGCAGAUUUAAAAUCGUAGAACAGCAUUGCGCUCGUCAUUUCUCCUGUGAGAUCCAUCUGUGGGUCAACUUGUGGAGUAUGCGUGAAUAAACUUGCGUUAUUUUUAUCACCAUUAUUGGAACAGUGUGUAGAGAUUGAUCAAAGAACUCAUCCUUUGUGAAUCUUUCUUUUUCGUAUCUUCUGACAAAUAGAUAAAAAGUAAAUCAGCAUAGAAGAGAUGGCGACCUUUGAUGGUAGUGACUAUUUGGAAGCGGAACAGACACCGGCUUUUGAUAAGAUGAAUACAGAAUACAGAAUAUAUGUGGAUAAUUUACCACAAGAGUUAAAGGAGGAUGCUAUCAGACAAGUUUUUAGUCCAUAUGGUAAAAUUACUGGGAUGUUCUAUUGUCCUAACGCUACAUGGACUUAUAUUACAUAUGGGUCAUAUCGUGAGGCUGAACUUGCUAUAAGAGAACUCAACAAUAAAAAACCAUUAUAUUUGAAAGUUGCACUUGCAAGAGAAAGAGCUGUAAAUGGAGAAUUUGAACAUUCAGAUAUAAAAAUUGAAGAGAAAGCAUAUAUUCAGCAUACAAAACCAGUGCUUAUUCAGAAUGUGAAACAGAAUACAUCACAGGGUGUAGGUCGUGGCUAUGCAAUUCGCAAACGUAUUGCAGUGCCAGAUAUGAUAGUACCACAUCAUGAAAAUUUACAAUCUUUCCCUUCAUCUAUGAUAUCUAGCCCAUAUGAAAUUGACGAUCCUUACAUGAGUACAAAUAAAUUAUGGACAAGAGGUUUAUUGACUGUCACAGCUGAUGGCAAAAGACAUGUUUCACUAGGACGUGGUUAUUCAAUGUAUGAGAUUCCAGAGCCAGAUCCUAGAUGUGAAGAUUAUAUUACACAAGUCUAUGAAUUACGAAAGAACGGACUUUAUGAAUAUGCUGAUGAUAAAUUUAAAAAAGACUUGCAAAGAUGCAUUGUUUGUACUGCCCAAACAACAAAACAUUGCGAGAAGUGUUAUACUUAUUAUUGCGGCAAGGCCUGUCAAGUAACUCACUGGCCACGACAUCAAAUUGAAUGCGAACGCAUACCGGAUUUGGUGGAUGAGACUCCACCAUUGGAGCAAGUUAAAAAUGUCACAGAACAACCAAGUUCAAAUAACACUCAAGUGCCAGUUAAUACAUUUAGCGAUGUGAAGUUGCGCCGUCCUAAUACACCAGCAAAAGUUCUAAAUUUGAACACAAAUGUACAACGGACGAACCAAACUAACGAAAAUGCUAAGACUACUGAUAAGUGCCAUAAUAAUCAACUCGAUAAUAAGAAUAAUUCGUCUAAAGAGAAGAUAAUAAGUCAACCGGCGGUAAAUGCAACAGCAAGCAAUAAAAUUCCGCAAAAUUUUAAUAGAUAUAAUGCUAGCGAAAAUAUUGAUCAGACUAAGAAAAACGAUCAGUUUUCGACAACAGCCAAUCAUACUCGCCAAAAUUAUACUCAUGGUUAUAAAAAUGAUUCUACAAACAAGACUUGUCCUGACAAAGAAAUCAAUAAGAGUGAUAAUAUAAGAGAUAAAUUUAAUAACGUUAGUAGAAGUUAUUCUCAUCAAAAAGGUAAAUUCCAGAACAAUAGGAAUGGAUCCCAGAACGAUAGAAAAGCAUCAUGUAACCAAAGAGAAACUACCACCACCAUCAACAAACAGGAACAGAAACUAUCUGUAAGUAUUGUUGCUACGGAUGAAGGUUUAGAUUUUCGAAAAGAUACCUACUUGUCAAAAACAAACUUUAAAGAUGUAGAGAUUAUUGUACCGUUGGAUAAUAAUGAGUAUUGGGUAUAUAAAGUUGAAGAUACGAAUGCACGUAACGAUCUAACAACGAAGUUGCAAGACGUUGCGAAAAAUUCUCAUAACGUGCAGCCAGUAAUCGGCGACGUUUAUGGUGUGUUGUAUAAAACUAUUUGGCACAGGGCUAUGAUAGUAUCUUUGAAUCCUCUGAGGGUUCAUUUCAUAGAUUCUGGAAAGGAUGAAAUAUUAGAAAAAAAUACUGAAAUCAGAGAUAUACAAAACCUUACUAAUGUUCCGAGAUUUGCUAGAAAAAUUCGCGUUGAAGACAUGAAUGCUAAGAAUCUACUUCACGGUGAUAAAAUUUCUGUUAAGAUGUUAUCUAUGGACGCCGAGAAGACAAUGGCAGUAGAAAUAAAAGAGCUAUCAGAUAAUGUAGCUACAUGCGCAAUUAAAGAUUCACCACGGUUGAGCAAUCCAAAUAAUUCAACAGUGAAAGCACCGCAGGAAAUAUCGUCACCGAAUACUAGGGAAACGCCGGCUACUCAACUGUGCAAUAUUUUAGACUCUUUCGCUGAUUUAUUAACUGAAAAUGCAGUUCCUGAGCUAACAAUCUCUGGUAUAAUACAAAUCUUCGAGUGUAUGCAAAAAAAUAUUUACACCGCGACUUUGAUCCCAGAUGAUUUCACUAACAACAUGGACAAGAUUAUAAACUACUUACCAGAAGUAUGUAAAAAAAUGACAGAAGCUACUUCAAACUACAAGCCUAAAGUGGGAGAUUUGGUUUGCGGUGAAAUUGAGAAUGGCGUAUGGUAUCGAGGAUAUGUAACAUCGUCAUUACCUGACUUACGUGUAGCAGUAGUGGACGAAGCAAGAAUUUCGCCAGCCAUUAGAGCUUUACCGUGUCCUAAAGAGUUUUUAAAUAUUUGCACGUACGGAGUAACCUGUGAAGUGAUCAAUGCUAAAAUGCAGGCGGAUGAAGUAUACAACUUUAUCGGAGUCGUAAAGAAACAUGAUAUAAAGCAGGGUAGUUUCAAAAUAAAAAUAAAGAAAGAUGAUGAAUUCAUAGAAGCUACGAUAAAGCCAUGGCAACAUAUAAUAAAGUCGAUUCCCGCUUUAGCCGAAUUAAAGAAUGGAUCUAAGAUAUGCCUCAUCAAUUAUCGAAAUCAAUAUAUUAUGUUCGCAAAUUCUCUGGACAAAUCGGAAGUGGAAUAUACUAACGAUAUUAAUCAACGUGUUGCACAUUGCUCACAAAAGGCACCACAUCUUUCUAAGCCUCCAAGCAUUGGACAAAUGGUAAUCGCGCCGUAUAUGGAUGGAAAUAAAUAUCGCGCGAUGGUCACGAAACUACAAGAUAACACGGCGACAAUCGUGUACGUCGAUUUCGGGAAUUUUACGGAUAUCAACGUGAACGAACUGCAAGAAAUAUCAGAUGAUUUGGCAGUUAAACGAAGUUGUUCAGGAAGGCUAGUCUUAAAGGAUGUUCCUCACGAUGUGCCAAUGUCAGCAGAAGUUGAUGCUUACUUGCGCGACUUGGUCGGCAGAGAAGAAUCUUUAGUAUGCACAUAUGAUAACGGAUCGUUCAAGAAUGGAGUAUACUUGACAACUGACACCGGAGAAAGUGUUAACGACAAAAUAAAGGAGCUACUGAUACCGAGUUGGAAAAAAGAUAAUUAUGACGAUAAAACGUGCUAUAUGAUAAAUGACAUAAGUAUUGCUCCUAUGGGAAAAGUAGGCGAUACGGUCGAAGCGUUGGUAUUACAUUUAUCAGAUAUUAAAAACUUGUCAUUUAUGAUGAGUCCUUUCGAUCUUGAUUUAAUAACUCACGUCAUUAACGAUAUGUCUGGAUUGAUACAAGAAUAUUGCGAAAAAACGGAGUACUAUAUACCAAGAAAGCAGGAAUUAUGUUUGGCAUUGUACGAUGGAACAUGGUAUCGCGCACUAUGUCUCGAUCCACACGGAUCCUCAACGGAAUGUGAGAUUUUCUUCAUAGACUAUGGGAAUGUAGAUAUAGUGGAACAUAAAAACGUAAGACAGAUGCCUGAAACCUUUAUUAGGCCUGCAGCAAUGGCAAAUAUCUGUUCAGUUAUCAAUUUAGCGCCAGUUGACAGUGCUGGUAACUAUUCGACUGCUGUUCAACAAAAAGUAUCGGAACUGGUGACGAUAAAUUCGCCUGUGCAAAUCAAAAUCGUAGAGUUUCUAGACAGCGGUGAAUAUAAAGUCGAGUUACCAAAAAUUCGUGCCACAUUAGAGCAGGCGGGUCUUGUACCAUCUUCGUUUUAAAAUUUUUAUUUAUAUAUGCUUUUAAGUAUUUAGAUUUUGUAACUUACAACAUAUAUACUGCAAAACAGUUUUGUUCAUAAACCCCAUUUAUUACCAUAAAUCUAUAUUUAAAAUCUAUAUAAAUAAUAUAUAUAUAUAUAUAAUUAAGAUUGA